UUUUUGCAGAUAGCGAGUUGUGCCAGUGCAUCUGACCAACACAGAUUUUUUCCUGCAUCUGUUCGGGCUUUACACUUGGUGAGCUAGCGGGCUGACACUGCUGUGUAACCAGUGUUCCGUACAAACUUGGUACCGAAUCCCGGACCCUACCUAUCACCGAGAUUUCCAACAAACCUCCUCGCAACAAGAGCUGCAUGUGAAUAAUAACCAUAUGCUUGCGGUGUAGCAAAUAGGAAUGUUCCGUCUUUUUGAGAGCUGAACGUGCGCCGUCUGCCUGGGUGCUGAGGAGGAGGGCAGGAGAUGCUGUCCAACUGGCUGAGAGGUCCUCAGCCCUGACUCUCCCACGGUCCUUGGGAAAAGGAGCCCACCACAGUAGCCGCCCCGGUGGGUGUCAGUGGAUGCAGCAGAACCAAAAGCAGAAGAAGAAGAAGAAAAGGAAACCCCUCGUGACCGUCACCUCCUCCCACCUCCACACCGUGAUGUGUCUGCCAUGAUGGAGUGACUGUAGCCACGAGCGUAGGAAAGGGUCGGAGAGAGAUAGUGAGAGAGGAGGGAAGAGGGGCAGGAGAAGCACGAGAGGAGGGCCACCACCUCCUUUGAAAGUGCGGGAGGGGUGUGGCAUCGUGGUCCGAGGAUGACGAGCCUGUUCAGGCGCAGCAGCAGCAAUGGGGGCUCCAGGGGCAGCCCUGCCUCCAGCGAGCUGAACAACAGCCGGCCGCCACGGCAGGUGCGGCGCCUAGAGUUCAACCAGGCCAUGGACGACUUCAAGACCAUGUUCCCCAGCAUGGACUACGAGGUCAUUGAGUGCGUGCUGCGCUCCAACAACGGCGCUGUGGAUGCCACCAUCGACCAACUGUUGCAGAUGAGCAUCGACGGGCAGGCCUCCGACGAUAGCUCUGAUUCGGAUGACAGCAUCCCGCCAGAGAUCCUGGAGCGCACGCUAGAGCCGGACAGCUCAGAUGAGGAACCACCUCCCGUCUACUCUCCGCCCACCUAUGACAUGCACAUCUAUGACAGGAAGUACCCCGAGGCCCCGCCCACACCACCACCCAGAUUUGAAGCCCAGCCCCCUCCUGGUCACCGACAGGUGCGCAGCUAUAGGAACUGGAACCCGCCAUUGCUCGGCAACCUGCCAGAUGACUUCCUGAGAAUCUUGCCCCAGCAGAUGGACAGCAUACAAAACUCCCAGAGCAGUCUCUCCCAGCCUUCGUCGUCCUCUUCCUCACUGUCCUCGAUGACCCAGCGGGUGGGGUCAGGGGGCGGAGCUGGCUCAAUAGGUGGAGCGGGCUCAGUAGGCGCGGCGGGUUCGGUAGCAGUGGCGACGGAGCAGGAGAGAAGGCUGAAGCAGUACCUGGAGGACGAGCGAAUUGCACUGUUUCUGCAGAACGAGGAGUUCAUGAGAGAACUGCAGCGCAACAGAGAGUUCCUCAUCGCACUAGAGAGAGAUCGGCUGAAGUAUGAGUCAAAGAAAUCCAAGUCCAGUCAUUCAUCCACUAGCAUGGAGAAUUCCUCAGCAGGAGAGCACAGCGCUGCCGACUCUGUGGAAACUUGCACUGCUGUCUCAGACGAUGCCUUGUUCCGGGAUAAACUGAAGCACAUGGGCAAAUCCACCAGGAAGAAGCUGUUCGAGAUUGCCAGGGGUUUCUCCGAGAAGACAAAGAGGAAGAAGACAAAGAGGAGAAUGCUCCUAAAGCAUCAGUCACUGGGCACUGCCACUUCCACAGCCAACCUGCUGGACGAUGUGGAGGGAAACCCAUGUGAUGAGGAAGGCCAGCCCAGGAGACCGGCUGCACAGGAAGAGGCGGAGCCCCACAAGGAAGUCUCAUGACAUCCUGCCUCCCUCAUAUGCAGAUUUCCCAAGAUGCUGCCGCUUCAGGGUUUCCAUGGCAACAACAGAACAACCCUAUGGCUGGUGGCUUGGCAGCUCUGACUCCUCCCCCUCUGAACAAGACUAGCCAAUCCCUGGCCUUCAAGCGGUUUGGGGAAACUACUCUCCCCCAUGCUAUGCCAUGCCCAGUCAGAGAGGAGCCUCCAUGCAUUGCUCUUCCUGAUUCUGGACCUGUAACAUCAUUUUGAUUACCAUUAUAAUUAUAUAAUUAUCUGUUGAUAUUUGAUUGCAUAUGUAAAGCAAACAAAUGCAGUAAUCUUUGUCAGAUUUGUUUUUCUUUUCAUGUCCCUGCAAGUUCCAUUAAGGGGAAAAAAGGUAAUGCUGAUGAUUUUUUCAAUUUGAACUGGCUGCGUGCUGCAAGUGUGUCUGGUUUUUUAAUGGUCAAGGCAAGGUGCUGCCUGGCUGGUGAUUGCUGAUAGGUGCUGAAUAGGAGCAGUGAAUUUUUUUUUUAAACUGUGCCCUGACUUGGCAACCCAGCCCAGGUCUGCAUUGUUGUUCAGUCUGUAGCAGGAUGAGGAUUUGUGUGGCUAGCCCAGGAGAGAAAAUGUAUAACAACCACAUUCCUCAGUACUGACCCUGUGUUGAAAGCAACCAGACCAAAAUCUCUCACUCAUCUGCUCAGUCAAGGAAGUGGUUAAAUCAAGACUUGGACCGCUUCUGUUCCACCUCAUCCUGCCCACAGAGGAUCACAGACUGUGAUGUGACCUUCUGACCUCACACCUCCUAUGGGUGAGCAUUGCUUUGGAGGGACAAAGACGUCAACCAUCACAACCACGGCAACAAGUUGCGUGACGGAAACCUAGGAAAAGAGUCCCCCCCCCCCCAUAAAGAGGUGCUCCUCUGGCCUCAGAACCGAUGCCUGUAUUUGCUUCCAGAUCAGUCAGGACUCCUCCUUCUGCUGGCCUUCACCUUUAGCCUGGCUAGCUCCAGAGCUGCGAAGGCUGAGUGUGGGUGUGUCUGUCCCACACCCCAAAAAACCAGCCUCCGCACAACAGGAUCCCAGAAACAGGAAAUGCCCCGUCCCUCAACUCUGUACUGCCAUAUCCGACAAUUUCCUACAUAACUUUUCCUUUUUCCAGUUCAAUUUCUAUUUCACUUCUGUUAAAGGGUCAUCACACAGAAGGGGUGUUCACCUACAUAGAAGCCAGUAUUAGUAUUGUUGUUGUUUGAAAUUGUUGAUUAUUAGAAAUGUUUGAUAGCAAAGAGCGAAUGUUUCUGCAUAAGUGGUGGCUGUGUGUUGUAUAGUACCUUUAGAAAUGAAAAAAGACAAUGCGGAGGAAAGAGAGGGAGGAAAAAAGGGGUGAGACCUCCAUGAGGAAUGGUGUGGAUCAUACUUAAAGUUGGGUCAGUGAGUCCCCAUAGGGUCACUGAAAUACAGUUAAGGAAAAAAUACAGUUUAUGUGGAAAUAAGGCCUGUGGCUGGUUGCCAUGUUUCCUCCUGCACAGUCCUGCUCUGAACAAAGACAAAUUGAAGAAUGAAAAGGGAUACCUAUCGGUUUUAUUUCUGCCAUUAUAUCAGGGCUGGGUUCAGUCAUAACUCAGAACAGCCCCUCUACGUGUCCCAACCCUGACCAGGACAGACAGCACUUAUGUUCAACAUGUAGAUCCAACAGCCUUACAGCAGGUGGUGCUAGAUUUGUUGCACCUGCUAUGGGGAGGUCACUACCAAUGGUGCUGCAGCACACCUAUGUAGCCUCUUUCACUCACUCACUCACUCACCCUGGAGCUUUUGUCCCUGUACAUUUCAGCGCUGUACAACAUCAACCGUGAUAGCACAAGGAGGGAGUGGUACAAUCUAAGCACAAUACAUUUACGGUGCCCUUACAGUCUGUCUGGAUGCAUGCAUGUCCACUAAACAUCGGUUUGUUUUCCCAGGUGGGAUAGCAGAGGGCUUCAUGUAAUAUCUGUUGUUUGUGAGAGGAAAGCUGCUGAAACAGACAGCAUUUCUCUAGUAGUAAAGCAGGCCUUUGGCAUCUUACUGAGCACCAGAGCACAAGGCUUUAAGAGGAAUAUGAACGCCCUAAUCCUGUAGACCCAUUCCGCGCUAGUCUUCCUUACAACUGUUGGAUGAAGUUCCAUGAUUACUAAUCAGUGUUCUUUAUUUAAAGGGCAUCAUUAAAAUCAUUUGAUGAAACACCUUUACUUACAUUUAACUUGUGUAUUGCAUUGAUAUUUUUUCUGCUGCAUACCAAACAGUCAAAAUGUUUCUUUUACGAAGUUGUAGAAGACAACUAUUAAGAUAUUUCAAAUCUAGACUGGUAUUCAACUAACAGCUCAGGCUGAACUAUUCCAAAGACGGCAUACACAGUGGAUCCUUAUGACCAGGACUUGGUUUUUUGUGUCAUCCAUGUUCACAUUAUGGGUAGAUACCAUAUGUAGGGAUUCUCUGGUCUCUGUACAUGUAUUGGCUGACACAGUGGGCUCAGUGAUCAGGGUGAGCCUUCUGGACAAUUUGAAGAUCACGGAAUCUGCAUAUAAAGCUGCCAUGUGUGGAUGAAAAAUAUACGCUGCUCCACUAUCUGCGGAGCUGUUGUGUGGAUAGUAAUGACAUCAGGAUAUUCCUGACUGGACUGUAGACAUUGUAAAGCUCUGUUGCUCAAGCCUCCCCCACCUCUGUAUUAUUUGGUUAUGUCCAUUUAAGAAGAUAUUUAUAAGGUGCAACUAAAAGACACUGCUAUAGGACUGUAGCUGUGAGCCUGAGCGGGUGGGCUCUCUUCUCCCCUCACCAGUGGCAUGUCCCAGGUGUGCUCUGUAUGUAGGUUUGGUGGGUCUCAUAGAUCAGGGCUCAGUUAUAAUACAGCAGAAAGGAGCUUUUCUUCAAGUGGUUUCAUAAUGCAGUUAUUGCAGUGUGCAUGGUGUUGUCCACACAGCUCAUAUCAUUCCAUUGACCUUAUUUAAGAAGCAAAACUCUAAUGCAUGUUACUGAGGCUCAGGGCGGUGGGCAGAAAUGGAGCAUUUUCUGCCGUCAGAUUCUGAGGUGCAUCCUCUCCCACAAGUCUUCCGCAGUAUCCCUUGAAUUAAAAAAUGAGGACCCUGAUGUGAAAGGGCUGAUGCAGGGUAUGUCAAUGCAUGAACCCCAAGCUUUUUGGACCCACUGUUAAAGGGUGUUUGUGUGAGUGCGUCUGUGUGUGUCAGUGCAUUUUGUGUAAAACCCCAGAAGAGUUUUUUCUCAUCACAAAAACCCUGCUACAUAUCUAUCUUCCAGCAACCAUGCAGGGAGACGUGAUCACAGGCCCUUUAUGACUGCGCUGUCAGUCAAUAUGUCUGGCUUCUAACACAUGUUUCGUAACAUUGGUCACAAAGUGCUACCACCCCCUGGUUAUAGCUUGGGGGAGGGGUUGGAGGGAGUUAAAAAAAAAAAAAGAAUGGAUUAGCUUUGAGGCUUUGAUGUUUGACUGCAGAAAGGCACACAAUGCAUGCAGAAUACCUUUUGGUGCAGCAUGCCGGGAAAUGCCUGCCUGUGAGGUCAAUGAAAUUCUCUGGUUUUCUUAAGUUGAAGUGGGGAUUGCGAUUUAAUCUUGGGAAGCAUGUUUGCUCCAUUCUGGAUAUCUGUAGUACACCAGUAGGUGAAGGGUCCACUCAGGGAAUCCCCCAUCCUCUCCUUCUCUCUGCUUAAAGUUCCUCUCAGACUGCCAGCUACAAGCACACCUGAACAAUGACAGAACAGCUUCUCACAGCACAUGCUUUCCUGUACAGGCCCCUUCUUAAGAAUAGAAUGCUCUGGUGAGGGUGUAUUGUAAAGUUUCUGUUGUGGUGUUGGAGACAGAAGAAAGACUGCACCCUACUCAGAUUUACAUCUACUGAUUGGGUACAUUCCUUCAGUGCUGUUAGCUGGAGUCAUCACGAGUUUACAGCUGUCACUACCAUUGGGGUCCGUGUCACAGUCACAGCAUCAGACAGCAGUCUUAUUUGUGUCAAAGGUCUGUCUCUUUGGCGAAGGUCAGCACACCAACACAGCUAGUUCAGAGUUGGGCAUGCAGUGUCUCUCACUCAUACAUCACGUGAGCAGAACCUCAAGACUUCCACUGUCUGCAGGAACCCAAUGCAGUAACAGGCCAUCAACAACAGAAGGGGCCUCUCCCACUGUCAGCAUAGACGUGUGUGUGGAGUGCCCGCUCCGAACAGAUACAUCUCCCGAGAGUAUGCACUGCAGCCAUGGCUACAGCCUCCUCUGUAGGUCUCUGUGUUCUGUGAAUGUUCAUAACAGAAGCCAGUCGUAACUGCUUAUAACAGAUGGCAUAACUGUUUACAACACCCCUUUAACACCGCAGUCUGAGAUGGCUCAUAACCCUAUCAUAAGAAUGUAUGCUGUAUUUACUGAUAAGAAAUUAUAAAGGCAGCCAUUACAGACAGCAGUCUUUUUAAUAUUUAACUGAGAAUAAUCUGUACUGAGCAUAUAUUUAUUCAGUGACUGACAGGUUGCACCCAAAAACAGUUCUUAAUUGAAGUUUAAAAACCAUUAAACACUUUAGUGAAUUUAUGAUUUUUGAAAAAUACUGUAUUUGUAUUUGUUUUCAGGAUGGAAAAGAUGAGCAGAAAUAUGACAUAAAAAAGUCAAAUGAGCUCCAGCUUCUGUCCCCUCAAAAUUUGUGAAGGUUCUGUGAUUGUUGUACUUUUGAGAUUAUUUCCAGAUUUGAUCUUUUCUUACAUUUCACAGAUGUUUAUUAGCUCUUGAAAUAAUAAAAUUGUGUUGUA